AUGAUGAGUCUGCCCUACUGUCACUCCUGCCUUCCACUGGAGACGAAUCAUAAGGGGUGCCGUGCUCUUCGUUCCCUCCACUCUGAUGAAGUUUCGGCACUCCAGGUGGUAGGUCCCAAGGAGGAAAUGGUGGACCUCCAUGGGGAGGUGGUGGGCAUCCGCUGGGAGGUGGUGAGUCCCACUCUGGACGUAGUGAAUCGCAGUGGGGAGGCGGUAGCAACCAUUGGGGAGGUUUUGGACCUCCAAAAGGCGGUCGCGGACCCCAGCCAGGAUUUGGUGGGCACCAGUGUGGUGGUCGUGGACCUUCACAGGGAGGACACGGGCCAGGAUUGGGAAGUGGCAUGCGUUCUUUGA